AUGGCAAAGGUUUUGCAGCAAUGUAAAUUGAUUGUUUGGGAUGAAUGCACGAUGGCACAUAAAAAAUCUUUGGAGGCUUUGGACAGAACCUUAAAAGAUCUACGGAGCAAUAAUAACCGAUUUGGUGGUGCAAUGAUUUUAUUAGCAGGAGAUUUUCGUCAAACAUUGCCGGUGAUUCCACGAUCAACGCCAGCUGAUGAACUCAAUGCAUGUCUAAAGUCCUCCAGUUUGUGGAAACAUGUCAAAGUACUUCAUUUAAGCAAGAAUAUGCGUGUGGAGUUGCAAAAUGACCAAUCUGGAAACAUAUUCUCUAAACAACUCAUUGACAUUGGUAAUGGCAAAUUUCCUAUAGACAUGUUGACUGGCUGCAUUAACUUUCCUCUAAGUUUUUGUCAGUUAACUCGAUCAAAAGAUGAACUUAUUCAGAAGGUGUUUCCAGAUGUUUCUCAAAAUUACAGAAACCAUGAUUGGUUGAGCGAACGAGCUAUACUGGCUGCAAAAAACAUAGAUGUAAAUGAAUUAAAUUUCAAAAUUCAAGAACAAAUUACAGGCGAAUUGAUGAUAUAUAAAUCAGUUGAUUCGGCUACUAAUCAAGAUGAUGUAGUCAACUAUCCACCGGAAUUUUUAAACUCGCUGGAUUUGCCAGGAUUGCCACCUCACAAUCUUCAAUUAAAGGUUGGAUCGGUGGUUAUAAUGUUGCGAAAUAUCAACCAACCGCGUCUUUGCAACGGUACACGGUUAGCGAUAAAAAAAUUACUAAACAAUGUGAUAGAAGCAACUAUACUCAAAGGAAAGUAUAAAGGAGAAGAUUCUCAUACCGCGCAUCCCAAUUAUUCCGACUGA